AUUUUUUCAUCUUCCAAUCUAAAGGAUCGAACGUGGGAUCGAACUGCGUGCAGUGCACGAUCUAGGCCAGAUAUUUUAUCAAGUUUCUAUGCAGGAAAUGCCUGGCCAACAAAUUUACAGAGACAAUACUAUUGCUUUCACUUAAAGAAAUGGCCAGCACAGAUGAAUUACUUUUCCACAUCAGUGAAAAAAUAGAUGAGCUCCAGGUCCAGCUGUCAUCAUCUGCAGCAGCAGCCCGGCUCUCGCUGCAGGCUGGCUUGACUGAGCUGCGUCGGACUGGCGGACGACUGGCCAGUGGGGAGGUGUGGCAGCAGGCUGCUCAGAGAUGGCGUCUAGCCACUGCUGCUGCUGCCGACCGCUGGACUAGUCUGCGGGAGUUUGUCAGCGAGUUUGAUGUCAGGGAGUUCAUCGAGACAACUCGAUUGCUGGUGCUGACUGAAGCGAGCACCGUGCACCUGUGUCUGCUGGGCGCCGGGUUUGGCGCCGGCCUGCUGGUCGGCUACCUGGUCGGCCGCGGCCGGCGCGUCCGCACCAUCCGACAGCCGGCGCUGAUGCGAGCCGUCAUCUGCGGGACCUACGAGGGGCUCGACGGCGUUCUGACCGUGGAGGAUCAGCCGCGGCCAGAGCUGGUCUCGCCCACCGAGGUGCUGGUCAGGGUGAAGGCGGCCACCGUGGACCGAGUCGACCUGCGCAUCGCCUCCGGCUACGGUCGCGCCCUGCGCCGCCAGGUCAACAGAUAUAACCCGCACGUGGACUCUGAGCUGCCGGUGGUGCUGGGCCGUGACCUGGCCGGCGUGGUGGACCAGGUCGGCUCAGAGGUCACCCAGUGGCAGGUCGGCGACCCCGUCUGGGCGGCCGUCCCCUUCUGGCGGCCCGGCACGCUGGCAGAGUUUGUCGUCCUCGAGGAGAAGGAGCUGUGUCGGAAGCCGGACGCGGUGACGUUUGAGCGUGCGGCGGCGCUGCCCUACUCGGGAACGGUGGCCUGGAACGCGCUGGUUACGCAGGGCGGCAUUGGGCCCGACACGGCACAGGACAAACGGGUGCUAGUGCACGCGGCCGCCAGUGGAGUCGGCCUGGUAGCCACUCAGCUGCUCAAGGCAUGGGGCGGUCACGUGACCACCACCGUGUCGGCCCGGCUGGUGCCGCUGGCCCGGAUGCUGGGAGCCGAUGACGUCAUCGAGUACGACACGGCCGACUUGGAGAAGGAGCUGUCGCUGAGAGACAAGUUCGACCUGGUGCUGAACACUGCCGGCCCCUCGCUGCACGCCUCCUGCCUGCGCCACUGCGCCGAGACCGGCCUGGUGGUCAGCACGGUGGAGGCGGCCAUGCCCUCUGACCGGUUCGGGUUCGUGUUGGGCACGCUGUAUGCUCUGUGGAUCCGACUCACGCGGCUGGCAGGACAGGUGCUGUUCCUGCCGGAGAGCUGGGGCACGGUGACGUUCUCUGCCGACACGCUGGCCCAGCUGGCCGCCCUGGUGGACGCGCGCGAGCUCCAGGCCGUGGUGGAGCACACGUUCGACUGGCAGGACGCUGACGCGGCCUUCCAUUACCUGGCGCGGGGUGACGCCGUCGGAAAGCCGGUGGUCAGCUUUAGACACUUGGCGCCGCCGCAGCCAGUGACCGAGGACGGAUCGUGACGGGCCGGGCCGAGCGCUCCGACUAGCCUCUGGUGCAAUUCAGUAGUGCCUGCUCCCUGCCGCGAACCGGGAGAGCUCAAUGGCUGGGGAGGGAGGAGAGGGUCGUGCUGGUAUAGACAGGACGACACUUCUAGUCGGGGAGAGGGGUGGGAACGAGAGAGAGAGAGCGAACCAUGUGUGGCUCGACGAUCAGGUUAACCCCGAUAACGAUCGAACGUACGGUGAUGAGAGGACACUAUCAUGAACUCAGUAGAGACAAUAUUCUGACGCGAUUUUUAGUCGCCCCUUUUUGGACCACUGUUUGUAGUACCGUGUAUCUGUGUGGCUGGCGUGUGCCUUGUUACUUAGCGGUCAUGGCGACAGGUAUAUUAUCGUCGCUAAUUGAGGGCUCGACUUGUUUUAGAGGAAGUCGAAAUAUAUUCAUAAAGUGCCAACUGUAAGACGUGCUCCCCCGGUUGUUCCAUCCCUAUGCCCCGCGCGAUUCACGUUGUCAAUACAUGUGUUUCGUGUGGC